UGCUAAAGAGCACAGCAACUGUUCUUUCUCUCGUUCGCCCACUCCUCAACAAAGGCUACACGCUUUUUAUGGAUAACUGGUUCAACAGUCCUCUGUUGACCAGAUUCCUAAAAAAGAAUAAAACUGAUGUUGUGGGGUCCUUACGGCCAAACCGCCAGCAUUUGCCACCUCUAAUAACGCAGUGCAAAUUGCAAGCUGGGCAAUUUGUGGCUAGACAUUCGGGGGACAUGACUGUGAUGGCAUACCACGACAAGAAAAAAGUGUCACUCAUUUCCACAUAUCAUGGUACUCAGAUAGCACAAGGUCCUGAAAAAGCAUUUAGGUCCGCUCAGUGGAAGCCUCAAUUAGUGCUUGAUUAUAAUAAAAAUAUGGGGGGGGUGGAUUUAAAAGACGGUAUGCUAGAGGCAUACCUCAUAGAAAGAAAGCGGUGCUCGAAAUGGACUAUGAAGCUUUUCAAGCAUCUGCUUAAUGUGUCCAUUUUGAAUGCUCGCAUAUGCUUUACAGCUUCAACGGGAAAGAAAGUAGAACACAUUGUUUUUAGGUUAGAACUUGUCGAACAGAUUUUAAAAGACAAUUUAAGUAAGGUCCCUUUCCCUCGUCAAAGUCGGCCUGGAACACAUCCUGGUUUAUCCGGUGCUCCCGUCACAGAGUGGCAUUUUCCAUCAACAGUGACCAAACGAAGAGCUGAUGGCAGGACCAGCCGCCGACGAUGCAUAGUCUGCUCGAAACAAGUCACAUUCGAGUGCAAGUUGUGUGAUGUAGGUCUAUGCAUUGAUCAAUGUUUUAGGAAAAGCCACCUGGAUAGGUUUUAA